AAUAAAAUGUUCAGUAAUCACGUCAGAUUCUAGGUUGACUUGUCAAUUGACAGAUUUCUUUUCAUGAUUUUCUGAUUCUUUAAAUAAUCUACGCAACUAGCUACUCAUCUCUUUAAUCUCUGAUACUUAGUAUAAAUACGAAGUCUUCUGUUUAUCGGUUUCAUUCAGAAUCAAUUUCAUCUUCUCCGCCAUGGCUGCCGGUGCUGAAGGGGUGGCGGAGGAUCUCAGAUCGGCGUACGCCGCCGGGAAAACAAGGCCGUACGAGUGGAGGGUUUCGCAGCUGGAAGCCCUUCUCAAACUAACCACUCGCCAUGAGAGAGAAAUCGUCGAAGCUCUGCGCUCUGACCUAAACAAACCAGAAUACGAAUCUGUAAUUCAUGAGACAGUUGGAGUUUCAUCAGCUUGCGAGUUGGCAUUGAAAGAAUUACAUCAAUGGAUGAAGCCUGAAAAGGUAAAAACGACAAUGGUGACGUAUCCUUCAUCGGCUCAAAUAGUGUCGGAGCCUUUGGGUGUCGUAUUGGUUAUAUCAACUUGGAACUAUCCGUUCAGUACUUUAUCGCUCGGACCAGUGAUCGGAGCUAUCGCAGCUGGCAAUGCAGUAGUGUUGAAGCCGUCCGAGGUUUCCCCUGCCACGUCAUCACUCCUCUCGAAACUUCUUGGGGAGUACAUGGACACGUCAGCAGUCAGAGUUGUCGAAGGCUCCGUGCUCGAAACAACUGCAUUGCUCGAACAAAAAUGGGAUAAAAUAUUUUAUACGGGUAAUGGUAAAGUGGGCCGUGUCAUAUUAGCUGCUGCGGCGAAGCAUCUUACGCCUGUUGUUUUGGAGCUCGGUGGGAAGAGUCCAGUUGUGGUCGAUUCAAACAUCAACUUGAAAGUUGCAGCAAGAAGAAUGAUUUCGGGCAAGUGGGGAGGCAAUAGUGGACAAACAUGCGUUUCGCCCGAUUACGUAAUUACUACAAAAGAGUACGCUUCGAAACUGGUCGAUGCUCUUUCGUGUGAAAUAGAGAAUUUCUACGGAAAAGAUCCUCUUCAAUCAAACGACUUGUCGAGCAUUGUAAAUUCCCGACAUUUUGACCGUUUAAUUAAUUUGUUAGACGAUGAAACGGUUUCCGGUAAGAUAGUUCUUGGAGGUCAACGCGAUAAAGUCAAACUCAAGAUUGCUCCUACUGUUGUACUCGAUGCUCCAAAAGAUUCUCCAAUCAUGAACGAGGAGAUUUUCGGACCUUUGCUUCCCAUUAUCACGGUCAACAAAAUCGAGGACUCCAUCAGGCUAAUUAGUUCUAAAGAGAAACCACUCGCCGCGUAUCUAUUUUCAAACGACAAAAAGCUCAAAGAGGAAUUCAUAACAAGCGUCUCAGCGGGCGGAAUGGUAAUUAACGACACCAAUCUACAUCUUGUAGAGCCAAAUUUACCGUUUGGAGGGGUGGGAGAAAGUGGAACGGGAUCAUACCACGGAAGAUUCUCUUUCGAUGCUUUCAGCCAUAAAAAGGCCGUUUUACAACGCGGAUUUACGGGCGAUAUCGCUGCUAGAUACCCGCCUUACGCUAAUUGGAAGAUCGAUUUUCUUAAAUCUCUGUUCAGUGGCAAUUUAAUCGGUGUUCUUCGCGCCUUGUUUGGUUGGUAAGUUUUAUUAAUUUCUCAAAAUUAUUGGCUAGUAUAUAUAGAACUGAUAAUAGCCAAUACUUUCUUGUAAUUUCAGUAAUGUAUUUAUGUAUCAAUAACAUUCUUGAUUUCUUUCCUA